AUGCCGCUCCAUACCGGUUCUCAUAGUCUGCGCACAAGGAAGCCUAGGAAGGAGGGAAGGAAACGGACGUCAUCGACCGUAUCCAAUUCUACCACAAUCGCACAGGCUGGCCCUGGCGAAAGUCCUAAAAUCAACGAAAAGAGCUCGCCGCCGACAGAACGGGUUAAUGGAUCACAACAAGCCCUAAACCCGCAGGCGGCUUCAGAGGUGUCGCGGGACAAGCCUGCCGAGCCGACGAAGAAAGUGCUGAACGUAUUCGAAUUUCUAGAUGAGGAUGAUGAAUCGUCGUCUUCGGACUCUUCUGGCGAUGAUGAGCCAGUGCCUCCAGCUCAGACACAAGCUAUCGCCAAGAUUCAGUCACCAAAGCCGCGAUCCAGUCCUAUACAACAUCCGCUGUUGGUCUCCCAGAGGCCAAUUGCGAUUCCUCCAUCGGCCACGACGUCGAGAACCUCGAGCGACUCGCGUCCACCACCACCGGCGCCAACUGCACCUGCUCCCUCAGAGAAACAAUUACAGAUAGCCCGAAGACAACCACCGUCGCGCAAAGACUCUCCCAUAGAGUUUCCUUCUCCAGGACAACAUCACAUGCAACUCUCUCGACCAGAAAGUUACUACACGUCAACAGAUGCAGGUACAGUUCACAGGCCGCCGCUCCCACCGUCCCCGCCGAGUAGCCCAGAAGACAGCCUUCACCGCGGCACACCUACCAGACGGCGAGACUCAAGUGCAUCGCAGGUGUCAUCAGGGUAUGGGCUAGUCGCGUCGCAUCUCACCCACUCUGCUGUACAGGAGAAGGCGGCGUUCCCCCCACUAUACCGGCGCUUUGAGAGCGUGAACCAUCGCGUCCUGUUGCAUCUCCAAGAUGAGAUCUCCCAGAUGGAAGAAGAACUCCACACUCUCGACGAGUAUGAGGAGAUACAUAGAAGAGCCACUGCCGAGCAGGACUGUACCAAGCCUGUGCCUGCUUCGCGCCGGGUAGACGCUCAGUCGCAGGCGUAUUCAUCGUUGCAUUAUCGGCGCAUGGACUUGAUGGCUGCUCUUAUUCAGAAGACCGAACAAUACAAUACCGCGCUGAGCGCAUACAGCAAAGUCCUCCAAACUCUUCCCCGCGCCUCGGAAGACGACAUCUCCAACUACCGUUCAUGGAUGAAAGAACACAGCCCUAUCGCCGCCACCGAAACCCGGUUUUUGGACCAAGAUGCCGACCUCGUAGCUCUCACCCCUCGCCUGGCGGCAUCUGCUGCCACGGCCCCGGUCUACAUGGCCAUCAUCAUCGCCUCUGGUGCCCUUCUCAUGCCACUCCUGGCAUUCAGUAUGAUCGCUGAGUUCUCAGGCCGACUUGUCGUUGUGACCGUAACUGGCGGCGCGGCGGCUGCCAUUGCCGCGAAUUACUCUGCUGGAAUUGACGCGUUGGUGGACUCGAGGGAUGGAUGGAGGUGUGCGACACUGUACUUCGGCUUUAUGACCAUUGCCGCCAUGUUCAUCCCCUGA